CACUCAUGAUUUAGGUUACACUUUGAGCAUGUCUGGGAUACUUCGCAGCAUUGACUUAAGCUUACCAAGAUGCUCCAUUCAUUUGGGUCCAGCGCCUCAACCCAGUGUUUUCAGAUAUUAAAGAUCUGAAAAGUGCCACAAAAGGACCAGCGUUAAUCAAUACUCGGUCGAUAAUUACUGCCCAUCUAGACACAUGGAGCUCCUCAUCUCUUACACAGCUGCAGAUCAACAAUCCACAUAGCCUGGCGUGCUAUGUUAGGUAAAGUCUGCAAGAUGGUAUCUAUCGAUCUUUCACAGCCAGUACUGCCUCCUGCGGCUGGAAUACAAUCCAACUUCAUCAAUCCAGAAAACGAAGCGGCGUUGGCAUAUGGCGCAGUCAUUUCAUCCAUCGUUCUCGUCACUCUGUUCACCUGGUUCCGAUUAAGCGUGAAGCUUUGGCUGGUGGGUUCAUUACAUUGUGAAGAUUACAUACUUCCUUUCGCUUGGAUUUUUGGAAUAGCCAACUUCACAACUAGCUUGUUGAUUUACGACUUUGCACCUAUAAUACACAGCUGGGAUAUGCAAAUGCAUGCAUUCUCCAAAUUCCUUCUGCUAUCUCGCUUGAGCUGGACUUUCUACAAUAUUAGUAUUCUUCUAAUCAAGAACGCCAUGCUAAUUCAGGUGUUACGAAUCUUUGUCCCGCGUGGUACCUCGUCUUUCACCUACUACGCUAUACAUGCAGUACUGUGGACAUCGACACUGUACUACACCAUCACGGCAUUUCUUCAUAUCUUUACCUGCAACCCGAUCCAUAAGAUAUGGCACCCGUGGGUGGAGGGUACAUGUGUGAACAAGGAAGUCAUGCUGUUAACAACUACGGUGGUUAACGUAGUCACUGACCUCUUUAUUCUAUACAUCUCCCAAAGAGUGAUCUGGAAGACAAUGGGUAACCGAGGGCCAGACCGCAUAAAAAUCAGCUUACUCUUCGGCGCCGGACUUAUCCCAGCCGUCUUCUCCGGCAUAUGCUUCUACUACAUGUACCUCGCGACCACAAAAGUCGACUUUAUUUACCACGCAUCGUACAUGGAGCUUGCUUGCUUUGGCGAGAUCGUCGGAGGAAUGUUCGUACUGUUUCUGGCCGUUUUGCCAAGCUUCUUUACGCACGUUAGAGAUACAAUCACGCAAAGGUCCAGCUCCGGCGCGAAUGAGGACCUUGAGGUUGCCGAUGUCACUAAAACUACUAAUGAUAGAUUCCAGUCAUGGAAUGAGAGCGAGGAUAGCGUCCGACGGCUCACUUUUCCAUCCUCGGUCUUUCAUGUUGAUUUCCAUCCUGGGUCGGAUGAGAAAGGGUUUUGGGGAAAAUACUACAUUUCUACCAAACGCAGCAGCGAGGAAAAUACCCCGACGACGCCCACAUUCUUUAUGUCAUCAUGCGGCUGUUGAACUAUCCGCGGAUCGUAUUUCUAUUUACAUUUCCUAUAAUUUCCCGAUACCCGAAAGCUUGUGUAACAAAUGCUGUUGUUUGUUUAGUUCUAAUUAAUCCUGUUG